AUGUCCGAAACAGCCUACAUCUUCUCAACCUCCCUGAACCCUAAGCCACAAGGUCAGAAGAUCAAGCAGUUGGAGCAGAAGUGGGGCUCAGAAGUGAAGGCUCUGAAGCAGGACCUUCACCGGACGAUCCUCGCGCACAAUCACAACUCCGAUUUGAUGCGCCACCACCGAGACGCGCUAGACGAGGCGCGCCGGAAGCUUGACAGCCAACCUGCCCCGAAGGCUGACCAGGUGGACGCUCAGAUUGACAAAGUGGACCGGAUGCUGAGGGCUGGCGCCGCCAAGCAGAGAGCACUAGAUGCUCUCACUGAGCGCCUGACCCAGCUGGAGUCACAGGCGGCGCAGAUGUUUCCGCAAACGCCUGGCACAUAUAGCACGACAGCUGUUCCACCAGGUUUGUCUGCGGCCCCCGCAGCUGCAGUUCCGAAGAAGCCGGGGAAGAAGGAGGGCGAGCUGCCUAGCGAGCUUGAAGUCCGUGCGCAUUUGGAGAAGGCAGCCCUCGGGCAGGGCAGCAGCUUCAACGCAGAGGCGCCUGUCUUCGUCCCUCGUGGAGCUGUGGACGUAGACGCCCCCAAGGCUGCGGCAGUCGCCAAGGCAGAUGCAGGUGCCCCCAUUACCCUGCCCGUUCCCGCGGGAAGCCUGGAGGUGCUCCCAGAUACAGGUGACAAGGAUGAGGCAGCUGUGAUCCAAGGCGAGGGGAUCACGUCACCAGAAGACCCGGCGGAGGCUGAGGAAGCCUCCGCAGAAGCCGAAGAGGCUACAGCUCCGGCCGCAGCGUGA